AUGGCAGCGCUGAGUUUGCAUGGCGAUGGUGAGAAAGGCAUGGACUAUAAGUUUAGUCCGAACCAAGAUGGUACUGCUGCUGGUGGUGACGGUGACGACUUAGUGGCUAUGGAUUACACUCCGGCGAAAAAGAAUACUCCGAUUCAUAACUAA